CAAAAAAAAAAAAAAAAAAAAAAAUGAAGUCUUUACACAAACAUAAAUGGGUUACGUGUGCUGCCCUUUGAGAAGUUUGUUGAUGAAGGAGAAAGGAAAUAGUAGCACCAGAGGAAAAGAUCAGGGAUUUACCCCGUUCUUACAGGAAAACAGCUCCUUGCUCUUUUCAGGUAGCUUUUCAAAGGACAGGGAUAGGACAGGACAGCCCCCUGCCUUCUUUCGGAUAUUUGGAUCUAUAACCUCCAGAAAUUCAAGCUGAAGUAGUUGGAGGUCGGAGAGGAAUGAGACAACUGCCUGGGUGGGGUCUGCCAGCCAGACACUGCCAGGAUAGCCACAAGGAGACAACUUAGAGGGUAGAGCAGACAGCAACCACGUUGGACUCAGGCAGUUCUGGGUUUGAAUCCUGUCUCUGUCACCACCUAGCCUGAUGACCUUGGGCACAUCCUGAGCACCCUGUGCCUUAUCUGUAAAAUGGAAACAAUUAUGCUGACCUUUCAGGGUGGUUUUGAGGAUUAGAGACUAGCUCCUGACACACAGUAGGUAAUCGUAAAUGGGUGCUACUAUUUGGCCCAACCCACGUUAUAGGACAGAACGUCUAACGGACGCGUCAGAACCUGCGCCCUCCGGAUCUUGGAGGGUACAGAGGGCGCCCCUCGGCCUCCUCCCUUUCGGAGGUGGGGACAAGGUGGAGGAAGGGCUGCAGGAGGAGGAGCUCUAGCAUCGCGACCCGCCCCGCCCCGUCCCGUCCAGUCUGGCCUGGGCGCCGCGGGAACGCUGUCCUAGCUGCCGCCACCCGAACAGCCUGUUCUGGUGCCCCGGCUCCCUGCCCCGCGCCCAGUCAUGACCCUGCGCCCCUCACUCCUCCCGCUCCAUCUGCUGCUGCUGCUGCUGCUCAGUGCGGCGGUGUGCCGGGCUGAGGCUGGGCUCGAAACCGAAAGUCCCGUCCGGACCCUCCAAGUGGAGACCCUGGUGGAGCCCCCAGAACCAUGUGCCGAGCCCGCUGCUUUCGGAGACACGCUUCACAUACACUACACGGGAAGCUUGGUAGAUGGACGUAUUAUUGACACCUCCCUGACCAGAGACCCUCUGGUUAUAGAACUUGGCCAAAAGCAGGUGAUUCCAGGUCUGGAGCAGAGUCUUCUAGACAUGUGUGUGGGAGAGAAGCGAAGGGCAAUCAUUCCUUCUCACUUGGCCUAUGGAAAACGGGGAUUUCCACCAUCUGUCCCAGAUUCUGAGCCCUGGAUAAAAUGCAGAGAGUCUAACCCUCUCCACCCCUCUGCCUCUCCAGCGGAUGCAGUGGUGCAGUAUGACGUGGAGCUGAUUGCACUAAUCCGAGCCAACUACUGGCUAAAGCUGGUGAAGGGUAUUUUGCCUCUGGUAGGGAUGGCCAUGGUGCCAGCCCUCCUGGGCCUCAUUGGGUAUCACCUAUACAGAAAGGCCAAUAGACCCAAAGUCUCCAAAAAGAAGCUCAAGGAAGAGAAACGAAACAAGAGCAAAAAGAAAUAAUAAAUAAUAAAUUUUUAAAAACUU